UCACGGCCCCGAGAAACUCCGUGUUCGGUUAUCCUCCAUACCUCAUUGGCUCUCCUCGAGCCCUAAAUUAUCGAUUUCUAAGCUCUCUAAUCCCUGAAUUCCCAGCUCUUGCCCAUAUUAUUCGGUUUCUCGUCGCCGAUUGGAGCUGCAAGAAUCAGAUCCAGCCUUCCAUCUCGAUUAUCGGCUCGUGAGGCGGGAGUUGGACGCGGGGGAUGGCGGCGCGGUUGACGGCGAACGCGAUCGCGGCGGUGAACGAUGGCGAUCUCGACCUGAAGCCUGUAGUGCAGGUGCUGGAUUUGAAGCGGAUAGCUGAGCCGCAGGAGCGGUACCGGGCGGUGGUGUCUGACGGCUCCGCGGCGCAGAAAGCGCUGCUGGCUGUCAAAUUCAAUGAGGCCGCAAAGAGCGGCGCGGUGAGGAGUGGGUCCGUCGUCCAGUUGCUGGAGUACGUUUGCAGCACCGUCAAGAACCAGAGGAUCAUUGUCAUUUUGGAAAUGAAGAUUAUAAUUAGAGAUUGUGAGACUAUUGGGAAUCGCAAACUACAUCCAGAAUUUGCAUCAGAGACUCUUGACUUAUCAUCUAGUAGCAAUUUUGGGAAUUCAAGAGUUCAGUCACUAGUCCCGGCUGCAAAACUUGUUUCCAGCUCAGCAAUGAACUCUGGCAACAAAGUCCAGAACUUCAAUGUGCAAUCCGUCUAUCGGCCUCCAUCCAAUUACAAGAGCUAUGGGUCAAUCAUGAAAAAUGAAGCACCUGCUAGGGUAAUUCCGAUAGCUGCUCUAAAUCCUUAUCAGGGGCGAUGGGCCAUCAAAGCAAGAGUGACAGCCAAAGGAGACAUCCGGCGAUAUAAUAAUGCUAAGGGAGAUGGCAAAGUGUUCUCCUUUGAUCUCCUUGAUUCAGAUGGAGGAGAGAUACGUGCAACUUGUUUCAACGCUGUUGUUGACCGGUUCUAUGAAGCUGUGGAGGUUGGAAAGAUUUACCUAAUUUCAAAGGGAAGCUUAAAACCUGCGCAGAAGAACUUUAACCACCUCAACAAUCAAUGGGAAAUAUUUUUGGAGUCGACAACAACUUUGGAGUGUUGUCCAGAUGAAGACAGCUCUAUUCCAACACAACAUUUUAAUUUCAGACAAAUCAUUGAUAUAGAGAAUGCAGAGAACAAUUCAAUCAUCGAUAUUAUUGGGAUUGUUGAAUCUAUUAACCCUUCGAUGACAAUACUGAGGAAGAAUGGUAUGGAAACACAAAGAAGAAUUCUUAAUUUGAAGGAUGUGUCUGGUCGAAGUGUUGAGCUAACUUUAUGGGGAGACUUCUGCAACAGAGAAGGUAGACAACUACAGGAGAAGCUUGGUUCUGGUUUAUUCCCUGCAUUAGCUGUGAAGGCAGGAAAGGUUAGUGACUUCAGUGGUAAGUCAGUUGGCACAAUUUCUUCCACCCAACUCUUUAUAGAUCCUGAUCUUCCUGAGACUUAUAUCUUGAGAGAAUGGUUUGAUGGAGGAGGAAAGGAUGCUUCCAGCCACUCCAUUUCUAAAGAUAUGAUGCCUGGGCUUGCUUUAAAUGAUAGCCGGAAGACCGUGUCGCAGAUCAAAGAUGAGGGUCUUGGAAGGGGGAAUAAGCCUGACUGGGUGACUGUCAAAGCCACCAUCUCAUUCAUCAAGACAGAUAAUUUCUGUUACACAGCUUGUCCUUUACUAAUUGGUGAUAGGCCAUGUAAUAAGAAGGUGACAAAGCUUGCUAGUGGGAACUGGUGCUGUGAUAGAUGUUCUAAAGAAUUUGAAGAAUGUGAUUAUCGGUAUCUUCUUCAGGCACAAGUGCAGGACCAUACAGGAGUGACUUGGGUGACAGCCUUCCAGGAGUCUGGAGAGGAGAUCAUUGGUUGCUCCGCGAAGGAGCUCUAUCAGCUAAAACAUCAAGAGCAUGAUGAUAAAAAGUUUGGAGACAUCAUUCGGCGUUGCCUCUUUGAGCAGUACCUAUUUAGGCUCAAAAUCAAGGAAGAACACUAUGGUGAAGAGCAGCGAGUGAAAAUAACUGUUGUGAAGACAGACACAGUUAAUCCUUCCAUGGAGAGCAAAUACCUCCUUGACUUGAUUGGAAAGCUCUGUACAUAAUUGUUACUGGAUUCUCGUAUCUUUCUAAUGCACACGGGGAGAAUGAAUUAUGAAUUCUGGUCUAAUACAACCACCAUUUUACUUUUAACUUGAAAGUUAUCACUGCCAGAAUCUGGAUCGAGCUUUAUCAUGCUUCAGUUGCAGUGGACCAAGGAUAUUUUUAUUGAUGCUGAGGUCUCAGUUUAUUAAUUCAUCAUUCAGAAUUUAUGGUUCUUUCGCAUAUGAAAAAAAAUAUACACCAUGGUUUCUCAACCUUCAGAUAUUGUUUGGUUUUUUACAUCAGUCAGAAGUGAUCUUCAACUCGCUGAGUUCUAUGCAGAUAUUUCUUGAUCAGAUAGAUGUACCAUUCUGAGCGAAGCGCUGUUCUCUGUUAUAGACAUUGAAGCUGAGAAUUUUUGUUAAACAACUUAAAUUCUUUGUCAAAUGAUCCAUUCUGGAUCAUGGAAGCUCGUGUGUUCUUUUCACAAAAGUUGGUGUUGUACUUGCGGUGCUAAUUGUGGAGCAGGUGCGUUAGUUGGAUUUAUUUAUUAAUGCAGUUUUCAUGACUUAUAUUGUUUCUUCUGAUAGUAUUACUAUAUCUUUAAAGUCAUUUGGAGAAAUUGAAAUCCAUUUGCGUC